AUGGGUCGGAAAAAAAUACAAAUAUCCCGGAUCACGGACGAACGGAAUCGGCAGGUGACGUUCAACAAACGUAAAUUCGGUGUAAUGAAGAAGGCCUACGAAUUGAGCGUGCUCUGCGACUGUGAGAUAGCACUCAUCAUAUUUAGCUCGAACAACAAACUCUACCAAUAUGCAAGCACGGACAUGGAUAAAGUUCUUCUUAAAUAUACUGAAUACAACGAGCCACAUGAGUCGCUGACCAACCGCAACAUCAUCGAGGCCCUAACGAAGAAAGAGCAUAAGAACGGAGUGAUGUCACCCGACAGCCCUGAAGCCGAACCGGAAUACAAUCUGACGCCAAGGACCGAAGCCAAAUACUCGAAGAUCGAUGAGGAAUUCCAAAUGAUGAUGCAAAGGAACCAAUUGAACGGGAGUCGAGUAGGUGUGGGCGUGACGGGAAGCAACUACAAUCUCCCCGUAAGCGUCCCAGUCGGCGGAUACGACCAGUCACUGUUACAAGCUAGUCCACAAAUGCAUACCUCCAUAAGUCCACGGCCAUCCUCUUCGGAAACUGAUUCUGUAUAUCCCAGCGGCGGAAUGCUUGAAAUGUCUAACGGGUAUCCUGGGUCGGGGUCGCCGCUGGGCGCGGCGUGCACCCCGUCGCCGUCGCCGGGCCCCGCGCCGUCGCCGCACCGCCACGCGCACAAGUCGCACGCGCAUGCGCACGCGCCGCCGCCCCACCACUCGCCGCGACACAACAACCUGCGGAUCGUGCUGCCUACCACGAUGCCGCCGCCCCAAGACGACCUAUCUUACACUGGAGAGACACCGCUUAGCUACUCGGGAAUCGGCAACUUCGGACCACAGGACUUCAGCAUGACAUCGGACAUGGGACUCGGACUAUCAUGGGGUGCACACCAGCUGCAGACGCUACAGCACAACAGGUACAUUAACAGCCUGCCAGUUCUCGGCGGCGGGGGAACGCCGCCACCGGCCGCGUCUCCAAGCAGUGUGAAGAUCAAAGCGGAGCCCGUGUCACCGCCCCGCGCGCCCGACCACAUGCACCGCGCGCCCGCGCCGCCCGCGCCUGCGCCUGCGCCCGCGCACCUGUCCGCCGUCAUCGAUGGUGCGUACAUACAGCCACACAUCGGCCGCAUGAGAUCAUAG